CCCAGUAUCCUCGCUCUGUGCGCAAAAACAAACGGCACACGCUGCGCUCUGGCUGUUUCUGUCCCGGGGCUGGUUGUUUUGGCUUUUACCUGUGGAGCUGUGACAGGAGGCCGUAAACACGAGCCACUGUCGUAAAUGUACCAGAAACUCGAGUGGAGACGUGAGCAGUGAGAUGUGGACCUCUAGUGGUAGAAAGAGAGUAUUACAGGCACAGUGAGUCAUCCACAGAGAGAGAGAGAGAGAGAGAGAGAGAGAGAGAGAGAGAGAGAGUGUGUGUGUGUGUGUGUGUGUGUGUGGGUGUGUGUGUGUGUGUGUGUGUGUGUGUGUAGAGGAGGAUUACGCAGAGGGAGGACAAGGAUUUUUAGCCAAUAAGCCUCUGUUUGUGUUUUUUAAUUUGAGAUAAAGCUUAUUUGAGCAGACACGCCCCCAGACUCAUCCUCUGGACACGUGAUCACGUGAUCAGAGUUUAUUUCACGUGGAUGACGCCUCUGUCCGCGCGCUCAUUAAACUCACAUCAGAGGUUUGUCUUCAUGUUUCUUGUUUCUUACUCGGGACCACGCUGGAGCAGCUGCCCCCGCCCCUCCCGGUGUAAACAGCCUCCUCCUCCUGCUGCUCCUCCUCUUCCUCCUCCUCCUCCUCUGAGACCUCCCCGUGCCGCGCGUGCCUCUCCGUGCGCCCGCAGGCAGCGCACGGCCCCGCAUUGAUCCGCGGACACUGGUUCAAAUUGAUGGCGACGUCUCCAGAGCUGAGCUCAGACCGACGCCCCGUCCGCAGACUGCGCUCCCGCAGCGACUCCCCGCGCGUGGCAGAAGCGCGACUGUCGCUCCACCUGCGUGCAGCUGAAGAAGCAGAGCGAUUUGCCACCAUGCGCUCAGAGGCCCUGCUGACUGGCACCCACACGCCGCCCAUUCGCCGUCGGAGCAAGUUCGCCACUCUGGGCCGCCUCCUGAAGCCCUGGAAAUGGAGGAAGAAGAAGAGCGAGAAGUUCAAGCAGACCUCAGCAGCUUUGGAGAGGAAGAUGUCGAUGAGGCAGAGCCGAGACGAGCUGAUCAAAAGAGGAGUGCUGAAGGAGAUAUUUGAGAAAGUGGAAUUCCGGUCGUCGAUGGAUGGCGGCGUCUGUUCUCAGGAGCCCCCCCUCAAGUCGUCCAUGAUUAUGCCCACCAAGAAAUCCGUCACGUUCCCUGGAGACCUGCAAGACCCGCCCGCCAAACCCCUGCUGUACCACAAACAACCACCAGCUCUGCCACCCAAGCCCUACUCCAGGAUGCCCAACUACAGCACAGAUUCUUGCCAGCUGAAGUUACCCAGCAUGCCCGGGGGUAAGCACUCUCCGCCCUUGCCGCCGAAGAAGGUGAUGAUCUGCGUGCCUCAGGGGUGUCACGACUCCUCCCCGUCCCCCACGCCCAACCCUCCGCCGGGCACCCACUCCCAAAGGUGCACCCCUCCUCAGGUGUUGCCCUCGCUCCACGGGCCGCCCUUCCUGCCGUCGCAGCUCUUGGGGCUGUCCGCUCUGCACCACCCGCUCCAGCUGCAGUACGGCGGUCUGCACGCGCCCAGCCGCAUCAUCGAGGAGCUCAAUAAAACGCUGGCGCUGUCCAUGCAGAGGUUUGAGAGCUCGGCCUUGCACAGCAGCGGUCAGUGUGCCCCUCUGGACCGGAGAGAAGUCCCCUCCGUCAUCAUCGACUAUGAGGAAGACAAAGAGAACCUGCCCAACGAGUCGGACUACGAGGACCUGCCCAGCAUGUACAAGGACGAGCACGGCGUGGACGACGACGACGACGACGACGACGAAGAUGACGACUCCAUAUUCACAAGUUCGCUCGCUCAGAAGGUGCUGAGGAAAGACUCCCUGGCCAUCAAACUGAGUAACCGACCGUCCAAACGCGAGCUGGAGGAGAAGAACAUCCUCCCCAUGCAGACGGACGAGGAGAGGCUGGAGUCCAGACAACAGAUCGGCACCAAACUCACGCGGCGCCUGAGCCAGAGACCAACGGCAGAAGAGCUGGAGCAGAGGAACAUUCUCAAACCUCGCAAUGAACAGGAGGAGAUGGAAGAGAAACGAGAAAUCAAGAGGCGAUUAACGCGAAAGCUGAGCCAGAGACCCACGGUGGAGGAGCUCAGACAGGCCAAAAUCCUGAUCCGCUUCAGCGACUACGUGGAGGUGUCCGACGCUCAGGACUACGACCGCAGAGCCGAUAAACCCUGGACCAGACUCACCGCGGCCGACAAGGCCGCGAUUCGAAAGGAGCUCAACGACUUCAAGAGCAACGAGAUGGAGGUUCACGAGUCCAGUCGCCAUUUAACCAGGUUUCACAGACCAUAGUCGACCAUCACUGUCUGGGGGCGGAGCCAGACGGCCGCGCUCCUCCACUGAAGACCUCAAGUGCUGGACAGUAAAAAAAAUUUAAAAAAUGGUGCCCGUUUCUACAAAAAAAAGGCCAUGCGUUUCUCAAAUGCCUUUUCAAAGCCCCUCCUCCCUCCAGGACACACCACGUCAUCACCGUAGUAGCACAGAGACGAGACUCCGGGCCGGGCCUCCGCUCUGGCAGGAAAAUACUCAACUUAAUCAAAAACGUGGAGAAAAAAAACCCGGACCGCCAUCGACCGUCUGCGGACUCCCCCGGGAAACUUCUUUUUAAAUCUCUUCUUUGUUAUGCCGUCACUUUAGUUUCUUUCAAAUCCAAAAUGGAUUUGUUGUUUUUUUUUUGUUUUUUUUUUUCAUGAGAUUAUCUUUCGUGCACCUGCUGGGACUUUGAGACUUUAAAGACUG